CAAUAUUGUUGAUAGUCUGGAACCUUGGUACUUUCGCAUUCAAUAAAGAUCGUAAGAAAGAUCAGGAUUAUGAUUUAUCCGGUACUGCCAUAGAAUGUUCAACACAGAGAGCCUCUAUCUUCUGCUGAUUGGGAGACCACCAACGAUUGUUCUAAUGGUGGUUCUAUCCUCGACUAUCCGCAGCUACCGCCACGGGGCGGUGGGGUGUGAGGUGACAGCCGCCCCCGACAAGGGACUGGAGUGGUACAAGGCCGAAUACGACAACGUCAUGCUGAAGAUGAGAAACUUCUCGCAGGACCCCAAGAUACACCUGAAAUUCAGCGAGGACUGCGGCCUGUCUGCGGUCAACCCGUCCAGCCAGAUCAUCCACGGGAUGGACGCCCCCGCGGGCGCCUGGCCCUGGCAUGUGGUCGUGUACGGCGAGACGGGCUCCCGGUGCGGGGGGAGUUUGAUCUCCAACCGUUGGGUGUUGACGGCCGCACACUGCUACAAAGCUGGUGUGUCCUACCAAGUGGUGGCUAAUCUGACAGACGGCAACGUGCUGAUCAACAGGAACCUCAAAGCUGCCGUGUGGAUCGACGUGGAAGAGUUUUACGUCCAUGAAGACUACACGAACAUCCCGACGUUUUUUAACGAUAUAGCUUUGAUUAGGCUAGCGUCAGACGUGACAUUCUCUAAAGCGGUCAGGCCCAUCUGUUUGCCGAGGGAGAGCAUGCAAGGCCAAAAAGAUUGUUUUGCGAUAGGAUGGGGGACCACGAUAGACCAAACACCCUAUCAGUUUCCCACACAUUUAAAGCAGGUCAAGGCCAAGGUCAUGAACCAGAGGCUGUGUCAUUUCAUCUACUCGAUCACCAGCUUUGGGAUGGACGAUAAAAGUUUUUGUUUAGACGUGGACACGGGUCUGGGGGUCUGUAGCGGGGACUCCGGGGGGUCCCUGAGCUGCAAGAUAGGGGACAGGUUCUACGUGGCGGGGGUGGUGUCGUCGGCAAUCAAGUGUGACGGGCAAGUGUUUCCGGUGAUUUUCCAAUCAGUGUUUCCUCAUCUGUCUUGGAUCAAGAAAACUAUACAGAACAACACGCCCUUAGGGAUUUGAAGAU